AUGCCCACUUUAUUAGAACUAGUUAAAAGCCUGAAUACUGCUUUUGUUAAUGGGGAUAACUCUAGCUGUCAAAAACUUCUCAGCCCCGUUAAGAUCGAGUUGAUUAAAUCACAUCUCUUAGUACCCGACUUUUCCAAAGCACAAGAGAAUGAGAGGUACUUAGAGGACUUGAAUGUUGCCAAAAGGGUUUUGGAAAUUGGCGCCUUAUGCAGCUUGAGAAAUGCGGAUUUUGAAGCGUACGAAAACUUCUUUUCACAAUUGAGGGUGUUUUAUUUCUCUGGCAUUCCAAGACUGGCUGAAUCAGAAAACAAAUCAAAGCUAAUCAGUCUUUACCUACUGUUGCUGCUAUCGCAAGGCGACGUGACUAAGUUUCACUCUGAGCUAGAAUUUUUGGGUAAGCGCCUUGGAAGUCUCGAGGAAGAUGCGUUUUUGUCCUACCCAAUAAAAGUAGAGAAGUGGUUGAUGGAGGGCUCAUACCAAAGGGCAUGGGAUCUCCUCAAGAGCGAAUCAAAGAUUGAAGAAUUUAACGUUUUCACACAAACCCUAAUGGAUGCGAUACGGGAGGAAAUAGGACGUAACACUGAGCUAGCAUACCAUAAGCUGCCACUUUUUAACGUGAAGGCUCUGCUCUUUUUCGAGAGUGAAAAGGACACUGAGCAGUUUGCGCUAGCUCGAGGGUGGAAGGUCUCUGGAGGUUGCAUUGUAUUUGACGAAGAAGAGGUUGCCGACGAUCAUCAUCAAACAAGCAUCGUUGAAAAGGCUUUAGAUUACGCUAUUAACUUAGAAAGUAUUGUUUAA